UGUAUGCGUGCAGUCGUGUGUUGUUGUCAGUGGCGGCAAGAUGGCGACUCUCGGAGACGCAUCAGCCCCGGGGGUUAAUGGGUUAAUACAACAGUUCACAGCCAUAACUGAUGGAUCAAAAAGUACUGAAACGGGAAAGAAUAAAUACACAGCUUAAGGGGCCACAGAGAGUGUAGGGAAGCAUAUGUUGGAAGCAUGUAACAAUAACCUAGAGAUGGCUGUCACCAUGUUUCUGGAUGGAGGCGGCAUCGCAGAGGAACCCAGCACAAGCGCCAGUUCAGCCGGGACGUCCAGCAGCAGACCCCCCCCUGUAGAAGAUGAUGUGCGAGCACCCAUUCCUCAGAAGCAAGACAUUCUGGUGGAGCCAGAGCCCUUGUUUGGAGUACCAAAGAGGCGUAGACCAGCACGAUCAAUCUUUGAUGGAUUUCGGGAUUUCCAGACUGAAACCAUGCGACAGGAGCAGGAGUUGAGAAACGGAAGUGCAGUGGACAAGAAGCUGAGCACUCUAGCCGAUCUGUUCCGUCCCCCCAUUGAACUCAUGCACAAAGGCAGCUUUGAGACGGCGAAAGACUCCGGUCAGCUUGAGAACAAAUGGCUGAUGAUCAACAUUCAGAAUGUCCAGGAUUUUGCCUGUCAGUGUCUAAACCGAGACGUGUGGAGCAAUGAUGCUGUGAGAAACAUCAUCAGAGAGCACUUCAUAUUCUGGCAGGUGUACCAUGACAGCGAGGAAGGGCAGAGGUACAUUCAGUUUUACAAGCUUAACAAGUUCCCCUAUAUUUCUAUCUUGGACCCUCGUACAGGACAAAAGAUGGUUGAGUGGAACCAGUUAGAUGUGACCUCAUUCCUGGAUCAGGUCACAGGCUUCCUAUCAGAGCAUGGGCAGCUGGAAGGGCAGUCCAGUCAACCGCCGGCCAAGCGGGCUCGUUCUGAGAGUUUGAUAGAUGCCAGUGAGGACAGUCAGUUAGAGGCCGCUAUCCGGGCCUCUCUUCAAGAAACACACUACGAGUCCACGCAGGACAAGGCAGACUCACGCUCAGAUGAUGAUUCAGAAGCCGAGCCUUUCUCUGACAGCGAAGGCCUGAUCUCAGUGGAUGGCUCAGACAACGAGGCUGGUGGAGGGGAGGAUUCUUUAGAUGGACACGUCUCUGCAGAGGUAGCUCCUCCUACCAGGCCGGACAGCCCAGCCCAUCACAGGAAGUCCCCACACAAAGAGCUGUGCCACAGGAAAGAGGAGAGUAAGAAGAACCACCUAGAGCCGGUUGGGCUCAGUCACAGUCAGACAGGACAAGAUGAGUCCCAACAGAUGCUGGGAGAAAACCACAGAUCCACGUCACACCAGCCCUCAGAACCAGCCGGCACCAGCACAGCAGAUCCAGACGACAACGGUCCAAAGGCCCGCUUAAUGCUACGAUACCCAGAUGGCCAGAGAGAACAGAUAGCACUGUCUGCUAAAGCUAAACUCAUGGCACUGGUGAGACACGUUCAGACUAAGGGAUUCCCCAACGAACGCUUCGAACUUGUCACCAACUUCCCCCGCCGAAGACUCGCUCACUUGGACUAUGACAUCACACUGCAGGAUGCAGGACUGUGUCCGCAGGAGACUGUGUUUGUGCAGGAGAGGAAUUAGCCCCUCCCCUUGUAGAUAAAUCACACCCACUCCUGUCCUCUCAUUUGUGCCCUAGAAAAGACUGCCCUGUUACCACUUUUUUUUUAUUUUUUACAGUAAGUCCCGGAUACUCGGAUAGUUCAUAGGGACCGUCCGCUGAGCUGCGUUUGUCAAUGUAUUUAUUUACAAUCAACUCGGCACAUCCCAUCCUAUCUGGGCCUAAUUCUUCAAGACAGUACAUGUCCAAUGAGUCAUGCUCAUAUUGAAUGGAAAUUAAAAGGGUUUUAAAGAUGGCCUUGAUAUAGGGAAAACAUUGUGUAUCAUGUAUAUGCAAAGUUUUUAAGGAUUGAACAUCAGUUCCAAAGUGACUAUAGCUCCUGUUAAAAUCAUCUCAGCAGGUUGGGAUCCUAUUGAACAUGGGCUCGGGGAUGAAUUUGGGAUAAUGUUUAUAAUUUAGAGGUAAACCCUCACAUAUCUCCGCUGCGAUGUGCAAGGACGGAUGAGGUAGAGUGACAUUUAGCUAUAGUAAGUUUCUAUCUCCUUUUUUAUAUACUGCAUCAUUUCCACAAAAACUGAUUCGCAAAUAUAAUCAUUGAAACAAAAGGGACAGCUGGUCUACUUGAGUGUUUCUUCAGUAACCUAUUCGAUUUCUCCUGUUUGGUGACAUGAUUUUUAUCAAGAAUAUGCAGUUUUGAGCAGAAUCCUCCAGAUAGGAACAUCUCUUAUCCCACAGUAGAAGGGUCUGGUUGUCUUUUUAUACAUUUAGGGCCACCUUUUAUUUUUGCAUACAGAAUCUUAAGUGACUUAAAGCGACACAGAAUCUUAAUUUAGCUUAGUAGUGCUCCAAUAUUAUGAACAAUAUGAGGACCAGAACGUGGUCAAUGGGGGCCAGACAAAUACUCAAAGUAGCUGUAAUAUUUUUCUCAUAGAUAUCUAUAUGUAGAUACCACAUUAGCAGCUGUUUCUGUGGCUGCUAAUAAUUAAAUCCACCAUAUUGUAAUGGUAAAACCUAGUUAUUCACAUGUAAGAAUAACUAUUUCUGCAGUAUCUAUUUGUUUAGGAUCUGAUUUUCACAGGAUAUUUAGUUUAUCAGUAGUGUUAAAUAAUGCUGCAUAUGAUAAAUAAAAAAGAGUAUUUGUUAAAGCUCUUGUAUAUAUUACUGAACUUCAGAGAACCCUACUGUAGAUAUCUAUGGUAACAACAAUAUGCUGCACAAGUUGUGGUAUUUUCAUCCAAAAAUUCAAAUUCUAGUGAUGAGCAGCGUCUGAUAUGUUGACCGUUCCAAGUGGAUGCAUUGAUGUGUUUGGAACAGUUGAAUGAGGUAUCUACAAAUAAAUGUCAGAUUUUUUUUUUUU